UGUAGGGGGCGGGAGUGGCAGUGGCGGGACUAUUCGGACGCGGCAGAUUGUCCCGCGGCUGGGAGAGCCGCGCUGGAGGAGCGAGUUGCGGCAAACCCGGAUUUUGCUUCUCUGCAUCCGAGCAACCCGCGUGGCUGCUGGGGCAGAGCGAGCAGCCGGAGGCGGCUGAGAUUAGAGGCGCUUCCCGGCUAAAUCCCCCGCCGGGCCGGGCCGAGGCGGCGGCUUUACCCUGAGCCCCCCCGCGCCGCCCUGCUAAGCCGCUCUAAUCCCAGACACACGCCGGGCGCGGCCGAGGCCGAGGCCAGCGGCGCCAGCAGGGGAGAGCCCCGGGUCCGCCGGCCUAGGCGAGUCAGUGACCCACCCGCCUGCGACCUGCCCGGGAAGAAGACCAAGCCGGGCUCCGCGCCCCUUGCCAUGGAGCCGCGGCGGCCGCAGCAGCGCUACAGCGACUCGUCGCCGCCGCCGCCCGUCCGGGGGGCCCGAGAGAACAAGCUGCUUCGCAGGAAGGUGCCCGCCGGGGCGGGGAGUGGGCCCGGCCCGGAGGACGCGGCUGUGGACGGCAGGAAACCCAAAUUUCAUUUAAAUAUCAAGACACUGACAGAUGAUAUGUUGGAUAGAUUUGCCAGCAUAAGGAUUCCAGGCAGUAGGAAAGAAAGACCUCCUUUAUUGCAGCUGAAACAAUCUCAUUCCUCUAUUGAUUGGUCAUCACCUCCCGCAGAUGUGGAUGAAUUCAUUCCCAAACCCUUGUCAGAGCGAGAAAUCCUAGCACUUUUUGAAAAAAUGAUGGAAGAUAUGAAUUUAAAUGAAGAUAGAAAAACACCAUUGCGAGAAAAGGACUUCAAUACCAAAAAAGAAAUGGUGAUGCAAUAUAUCAGUACUGCUUCAAAGGCUGGAAGCCUCAAGAGCAGCCGACAGAUUACAGCACAGGAAUUCAUCCUGGAACUAAAAUCUGGAGCAACAGAUGAAAGACUUGUCACUUGCUUAGAAUCUCUACGGGUUUCUUUGACCAGUAACCCUGUCAGUUGGGUUGAAAACUUUGGACAUGAAGGACUGGGAUUGUUGCUGGAUGUUUUAGAAAGACUGGUUGAAACAAAAUCUCAGGACAGAGUUGUGAAGAGGAGUCAGCAUAAGAUCGUACAGUGUUUGAAGGCCUUUAUGAAUAAUAAGUAUGGGUUGGAAAGAAUAAUGGGAGAAGAAAGGAGCCUUUCAUUGCUGGCCAGAGCAAUUGAUCCCAGACAAACUAACAUGAUGACUGAUGUUGUUAAACUCUUGUCUGCAAUAUGCAUUGUUGGAGAGGAAAACAUCCUUGAAAAAAUUUUGGAAGCUGUAACAACAGCAGCAGAAGAAAGGAACAUAGACAGAUUUUCCCCCAUUGUAGAAGGCCUUCGGGAUAACUCAGUUCAGCUGCAAGUAGCUUGUAUGCAGCUCAUCAAUGCUCUUGUAACAUCUCCUGAUGAUCUGGACUUCAGGCUCCACAUCAGAAAUGAAUUUAUGCGCUCUGGAUUGAAGGAGAUAUUGCCACAAUUGACAUGUAUAAAGAAUGAUGCUCUAGAUAUCCAGCUGAAAGUCUUCAAAGAGCACAAGGAAGAAGACAUGAUUGAGUUCUCCCAUCGUUUGGAAGAUAUUAGAUCUGAACUAGAUGAAGCAAAUGAUGUUUACAAUAUGGUGUGGAACACAGUCAAGGACACUAAUGCUGAAGGAUAUUUUCUUUCUAUUCUCCAGCAUCUUUUGCUCAUACGAAAUGAUUAUUUUAUACGACCCCAGUAUUUCAAAUUAAUUGAAGAAUGUGUGUCCCAGAUAGUAUUGCAUCGAAGUGGAACAGACCCAGAUUUCACCUAUCGUAAAAAGUUAGAUGUAAAUUUCAGUCAUUUAAUAGAUGUUUGUGUAGAUAAAGCAAAAAUAGAAGAAUUUGAAGAGAGAGCUUCAGAACUUUCCAGGAAAUUUGAAAAAGAAUUUAUAGUCCAUCAGGAGAUCCAGUCCCUACUGCAGAAAAAAGAAGAAAAAAUCAAUGCGCUAGAAGCAGAAUUACAGGCUUUUAAAUCCCAGUAUGGCUCCAUAGCACAUGGAUCAGAUGUUCAUUUUUUACCAUCAAUACAAGGAGGCACAUCUAUUCCUCCAUCAGCUGCUGCAGCACCUGAACAGUUACUACCACCUCCGCCACCAGCACCUUUUAAUGGAGCAGUGCCGCCUCCGCCACCACCUCCGCCACUGCCUUUUAUGAAUAGCUCAGGAAUGGCUCCAUCUUUUGGUGCACCACCACCUCCUCCGCCACCAGGCUUUCCUGGAGUACAGUGGUCUCCACCUCCACGUACAUUGCCCUUUGGAUUGAAGCCUAAAAAAGAAUUCAAACCUGAGAUCACCAUGAAAAGGCUCAAUUGGUCAAAGAUUAGGCCACAUGAAAUGAAUGAAAACUGUUUCUGGCUAAAAGCAGAUGAGGACAAGUAUGAGAAUGCUGAUUUGCUUUGCAAACUGGAGCUUACGUUUUGUUGUCAAAAGAAAGUAAAACAGGAAGAGGACGAUUUUGAAGAGAAGAAAUCUAUUAAGAAACGAAUCAAAGAACUAAAAGUCUUAGACCCGAAGAUUGCACAGAAUCUCUCAAUUUUCCUUGGUUCUUUCCGAGUGCCUUAUGAGGAAAUCAAAAUGAUGAUAUUGGAAGUAGAUGAAACACAGCUGGCAGAGACCAUGAUUCAGAAUUUAAUAAAACAUCUUCCUGAACAAGAGCAGCUGAAUACACUAUCCAAAUUCAAGAGUGAAUAUAAUAAUUUGUCUGAACCAGAGCAGUUUGGAAUUGUGAUGAGCAAUGUGAAGAGACUACAGACACGGCUCAGUGCUAUUCUCUUUAAGCUUCAGUUUGAGGAACAGGUGAACAACAUCAAACCUGACAUCAUGGCUGUCAGUGCUGCCUGUGAAGAGAUAAAGAAGAGCAAAAGCUUUAGCAAGUUGCUGGAACUAGUGUUGCUAAUAGGAAACUACAUGAAUGCAGGUUCUCGGAAUGCACAGACCUUUGGAUUUAACCUCAGCUCUCUAUGUAAAUUAAAGGACACAAAGUCAGCAGAUCAGAAAACAACUUUGCUCCAUUUUCUGGUUGAAAUAUGUGAAGAGAAGUAUCCUGAUGUCCUGAAUUUUAUUGAAGAUUUGCACCAUUUAGACAAAGCUAGUAAAGUCUCAGCAGAAAACCUGGAGAAGAACCUGAAGCAGAUGGAAAGGCAGCUUCAACAGCUUGAGAAGGAUUUGAAGAUCUUUCCCCCUCCUGAUGAUAUCCAUGACAAGUUUGUGACAAAGAUGUCUAGCUUUGCAGUUUAUGCAAGAGAACAUUACCAAAAACUUACCAGGAUGCAUAAGAACAUGGAGAAGCUCUAUCAAAAUGUGAUGGGAUACUAUGCCAUUGAUUUGAAAAAAGUUUCGGUGGAAGAAUUUUUAACCGACUUGAAUAACUUCAGGACAAUGUUCUUGCAAGCAGCCAAGGAGAAUAUAAGAAGAAGAGAAGCAGAGGAAAAACAGAGACGUGCUAGAAUAGCUAAGGAGAAAGCAGAAAAAGAAAAAAUAGAGAGGCAACAAAAGAAAAAGCGCUUGUUAGAAAUGAAAACAGAGGGUGAUGAGACAGGAGUGAUGGAUAGCCUGCUGGAGGCCUUGCAGUCAGGUGCUGCUUUCCGAGACCGGAGAAAACGGACACCAAGGCCUAAAGAUAUACUGCAAAAUCUCAGCCCAACGAAUCAGAGGCCAGUUCUGAAACCUUGUAACCAUGAGAACCAGAAAGCACACCUAGAAAAGUCGCAUUCAAACCACAGUAUCAAUUUCAACUUCACAAGGACUCCAAUCACCAAGGAGUUUAAUUAUGACAUGGAAGCUAAUUCCUCUAUAGCAAGGAGCAAGGCUGUUGGAAGAAAGGAAGCCUACAAUGGAGAAAGCAACAGAGAAAAGGAAAUGGAGCUUGUUGGCUCUGCUUCCAAAGGAGAAGUAGUUCCUGAAGUAGAGGCUUUGCUGGCAAGAUUACGCGCAUUGUAAAUUAAUCCUAUAAAACUGAUUAAGUAAUCACUAAAGACAAGUUAUAAUAAGCUGCUACAUUUUUAAAAUAUGCAUUAAUUUUUCAUGACUGACAUUUACACACUUCUGUAUUCCAAACUUCACAUACUUUAUAUCUAAAAUACAAAUGUGUUAUGCUUUGCCUAUGAAUUUGAGCCCAUGGUUUAUGCAUAACUAUAAGAAGGCUUGUACGCAUUUCUACCUACCGACAAUCUGUUCUAAUGUAUCUGGAGCAACAGAUGCUGAAUUACCCCAAGAAACAAUUAUUUUAGUGUCCAGACUUCUGAACACAAUGUUAUGAGAACUUUUCUCCACAAUACAUUUUAACUAGUUUUAAACCAUUAUGUUUGGUCAUUAUCUAGGACUAAUAAAUAGCUGCAGAACCAACCUGUAUAUUUUUCUAUUUUAUUUCUAUGUAUCACCUGCAGUGUAAUUUUUAGCACCUAAGGAAGUUCAUUAUUGUAUCAUAUUAAACGCUUACGGAGGAAAAUGUAUACUAUGUACAUUUCUCAUAGCCAUGUUUUAAUUCACUUUAAUCUAAAUAAGAACACCAAAGAAUGUUGAAUCGUUUAUGCAUUAGCUAAAUGGUAACAUGAACAGAAACUUACAUCUAUGCAAGAAAUGUAUUUUAUGUAUGACUGAUAUUUCAUUGCUGUUAAACUUGUUUGGAUGAUUGUAUAAAACCAAUCUACAAAAGUUCUAUGAAUACAAUGUUGCAAUUGUGCACAUAGGAUAGAAGCUUCUUUUUAUAAGUAGCUACCAAAAUAAUUUUUCACUAUUUUUGCUUGAGUAAACAUAAUAUUGCAAUAAUAAUAUAAAGAACACCUAAUGGCAGAGACUUCUACAAUUGGUUUUCAACAAACUCAUUUAGCAAUAGCAUGUACAAUCUCAUUUGCUGGCACAGGAGGAAUCUCACAGAUAAUUGCAUCUCCAUUUUGACACAAGUCAUUGUACACUGUUACAUGUUCACUAACAUUUUUUAAUUGCACAUCACCAUGAAAAAAACUUGCUACCUAUACUAUCAACUUGGAAGCGACUAUUAGGACAUUUGGUCCUUUAUUUCAAGUUCCUACUAAUCAGAAUGUAUUCAGUGACUAAUCUCUCUCUUCCAAAUACUCUAUUUUUCUUUAUAAAUGAGUCAGUUAAAUGAAACCAAUGUUUCAAAGCUCUGGUGCUUUUUAUUUCCUUGUUUAAGUUGCCUUCUUAUUUCCUGCAAAAAAUAAAGUUAAUUAAUUAGAA